CGCUGUAUGCAUGUAGCAUGGAGCUGUCAACAUAAACUUGUGAAUGUAGGAUCUAAAACGAGAAGUAACUAGAGGAUCUCUGAAGUAAUGUACCCUCUAAAGAAAAUAACAAAAGAAGAUACUUGGAGACCUGAUGACUUAAAAGUGCACAUUAAGGAACAUCAUGAGGAGAGCAGAAGAAGAGACCGAUCAAAAAGAGAAGGGGAGCACAGGAAACAUAGGGAUGGAGACUCUCUGGAUCACCAACACAGACACCCUGAUCAAGAUGCAAGGAGAGACAGAGAAAAACAGAGAGAGAACACAAAAGGAGGAAGUAAGCACAGAGACCCAGACAGGGACAGAAACCAGGAUAGCAAGGGGGAGGAGGUAAGAGAUGAUAGAUACAAAGAGAAAUGUAGGAAGCAAGAGAAGGCGGUAGACUGCAGCAGUCAUCGAGAUGGCGAUAAACAGAGUGAGGCAAAACGACAUGAGAUGGAAAACAGCAAACGAAGGAGGAAUAGAGAGAAGGACAGGUAUAAUGAUGGGGACAUAGGGAUGUACAAACAGCGGGACAGGGAUAUAGAGAAGGGUAGAAAAAAAGAUGGAGAAAAGGAGCGAAAGAUUGAAAAUGAUAGGUGGAAAGAGGAGAAACAAGAAGAUUUGGAUCAUUCAAGAACAGAAGAGAGAGUCAAGGACAAAGAAAGAGAUAGGAGAGAAAGACACAGAGCAAGAAAAAGUGACUACAGUCGACAUGACAAUGAGGAAAAACCGAGAGAGGGAGACAGACGCAGUGAUAAAGCACACUCUGGCCACAAAGAAAGAGAACACAGAAUAGAUAGAGAAAAUGGAGAGAAAAGAAGACGGGAUAAAGAAAGCCAUGAGGCAGACACAAGUCACUCUCGAGAUGUUGAACGUGAGCACGGGCACCAGGAGAGGAAAGAGCCGAAGGAUUAUCUGCAUGAUAUCAAAGAUGGGUAUAAGGAGAGAAUGAAAGCCAGGGAGAGGAAAGAGCAAGACAGACAGCGUGAAAGAAAGCACAAGGAGGAUUCAGACUCAAAGAGGAAUGACAGAAAACAGACAGAGAAACAUAAAGAAUCCUCAGGCCAUAAACACCGUGAUAGGAUAAACAGAGAUAAAGAGGAAUCUACCGCAAUACCUCAGUUAACUUGGAGGUCUAUUCAAGCUCAAAUGAGUGAUCCAGAGAUCCCUGUAGAGAAUGAGGAAACUGAAGAGGACAAACAAUCGGGCAAGGAUUAUCGUAAUGAUGAUUAUGAGGAGGAUUUUGAGAAUUAUGAGGAAGAUUUUGAGGAUGAAGAUGAAGAGGAGGAUGAUAAGGAUGAAGUGGACCAUGACAAUAGAGGGAGAGAAGAGAAAAGGGAGCUGAGCCCCAGGAGAAGAGAAGAGAUUGAAGCCAUCCAGAGAGCCAUUGAUGAGGAGAAUGAGAGAAUCUCGUCAGCAAGAUCACAGCGCACAACCACAGAGUCAGCUUUCCCCUAUAGAGAGAACCACUCAAACAGAGGUCGAACUCAUGGCAAAAUUAUUGACUUUGUUUCAGCAAAGCAUCGAGAGAUCAACCAGAAGGUUGCCAAAAAACAGAAGAAGCGUAGUGAAAAACUACUGCGUCUAAUUGAUUUAGACUUCUCCAUCACCUUCUCUCUCCUGGACCUGCCUCCUGUCAAUGAGUAUGACAUGUACAUCAAGAACUUUGGAACGACCAAUACAAAACAGGCUUAUGUGCAGUGUAAUGAAGACAAUGUUGAUCGAGACAUUCAAACAGAAGAAGUUGAAAUGAUGGACAAAUGGACACAACACCCACCAGAAGCUAAAGCAGCCUGUGGAGGGACCAAGGUUUCUCAAGACACAACGGAUGAGUCCAUGGCAAGAAUGACCACUGACUCUCAACGUUUAACUGUUUUCCUACGUUCUGCCAAACAGGUGAUGGCUGUGCUGAUAGAGGAGAAUAUGGCAGAGAGUAAUUCUCUAAGAAGACUUUGCUCUCAAACGGAUGCGCUUUCCUUCAGUGAUGGCUGCCUUCAACUCAACACCGAGCUCCCCUUUCUGCAUGGUCGACAGGUGAGUCUGCUGCAGUUCUCUCACAUCCAGAGACAGACUCUGCUCUCUGUUCAUCCUCCUUCCUCCAAAACCAGUGCGGUGCCACUUAACAGUGAAACAAUCAUCUGUGUGUGGAACAUCUGGGAACCAUCCAGACCCCAAAAAAUACUACUUUAUGAAUCUGAGGUUAUGUGCUGUUGCUUCAGUCCUGGUAAAGUUACUUUAGUAUUUGCUGGUACAUCAGUGGGCUCUGUGGUUGUGUGGGAUCUCAGAGAACAUUCUGGUACUCACUGCAACUUGGUGGUCGGCAAGGUGGACUGGACAUUGCGUUACCCGACUUUCUCAACAGAUGCUGUGCUUUCAGGGCUGGGUCAUCUUUCUCCUGUGGUGUCCAUUGAACCUGUACUGUCGACUGCUGAGACAGGUUCAAAUAGCAUACUAACUGCAGACAUAGACGAGUCUCUGGGACUGUCGUUUCAAUUAGGAUCUCUGGAUGAAAAUGGGGUUUUAACUCUCUGGGUUGUGGUUGAGCUGCCCAAAGGAAAUUAUUCUGGAUCUCAAACAGACUUGGGUCUAAGACCUGGUGGAAAAGUUAAACUGCUCCACAGCUCCUCUCUACAGACUACUGAGAAAUCCCUUCAGCACAUUAUAGGAUGUGGACCUCCUCUGAGCCUUCAGUUAAAGUUCCUCCCUUCUGACUCUAAUCAUUACUUUGUUGGUACUAACAUGGGUCUGGUUAGGCAUGGUACAAGGCAUAGCUUGAAAGUUCUUCCAAAGUUCUACAGAUCACAGUUUGAUAGCUGUAAACCAGUGGAGGUCACAACACUUGACUUUAGUCCUUCAGGAGAACCCUUUUUCUUGGUUGGCUGCAGUGAUGGCACAGUUCGUUUACACUCUGUCCUGAGAGAAGCUCCAUUGAUGGAGUGGUCUGGAUGUUCAAUUUGCACUCCUAUUCUCUCAGUGCUAUGGUCUCAGACGCGGCCAGCUGUGUUUUGUGUUCUGGAUGCUGCAUCUGAUCUUCAUAUCUGGGACCUAACAGAGAAGGACUAUAUGCCAGUCAUCACAGAAAAUAUACACAAUGACCGGGUAACAGCUAUGGCUGUGUUUGGUGAGCCAGCCAAACAGAACACAUUCUCUGGGAUUGCGCUUGCAAAGCAGUCCGGCAAGGUGGAGAUUCAGUAUUUCAAGAAGUCUCUUACAGUGUCUAAAGCCUCUGACAAAGAAAAGCUUCAGUCUGUUCUACGGGACACUUUUUGAGAUAUAUUCUCAUUUUCAAAAUCAGAAACUGACUCUGUUUGAGCCCAGAUUCAAAUGAAUAUCCAUUUAAGUAACAGAGGACAACAAAAGUUAAUUUGAGAAACUCAAACAAUAUAAACAAACUUUCUGAAUUAUAUUUCAUUGUAGUAAUAUAGCAGUAUAGGAAAAAAGCUACAUUCUUUAAAGGGUUAGUUCACACAUAAUUAAAAAUUGUCAUUGUUUACUAACCAUCAAACUUUUUUAUUUGUGGACCACAAAAUAAAAUGUUAGGCAUAACGUUAAGGACUAACAGCCUCAGUCACCAUUCACUUUUAUUUUAUGAAAAAAGAUGAAUGAAUGUGUGAUGAAUGAAAGUGAAUGGUGACUGAGGCUUUCAGUUUCUAACAUUCUGCCUAACAUUUUUUUGUGGUCCAAUGAAGGAAUUUAUAUGAGUUUGUAACUACAUGAUGGUGAGUAAAAAUAUUUUUUGUGAAUAUAUUUAUAUAUAGGAUGUUUGUUUAAUUAAAU